AUCCAUCAUCCCAGCCGGUUGUUUUGUCUAUCAGCCCAGGGUCCGCACACUACACGUCUGGGAGAUUCGGUCUCCGUUUCUUUCCCUCUUUAUUCCUAUCCUAGCAUUCUCCGUCACCAUCACCCAUUGAAAAGUCAAAGGGGGACAGGAAAAAGAGGAAAGAUGCACUCAGCUCUCAAUCGCGCGCAAGCCGUGUUCGGCUUCUUCACGACCGUCGCGCUCUUCGUCGCCGGUCUGGCGGCCCUCUCGGUGCUGCUUUAUCCGACGGAUGGGAUUACGUCGAGUGUGAAAUUGCGCGAUGUGAAGGUCACAAAAGGCCGUCCGCACUACUACAGCACCAAGAAAGAAGAAUACGCGACGAUGCGCUUCGAUUUGGACGCUGACCUCUCCCCCCUCUUCACCUGGAACACCAAACAACUCUUCGUCUACAUCUACGCCACCUACCCCACGGAUCCCACCACCAACAGCACCAGCACCUCCAACUCCGUAAUCUGGGACACGAUCAUCCCGGCCCCCGAAUCGCCUUACUCGUUUGAUGCCCUCCGGGAACGGUUCUUCCCCGCUAAGUCCACCACCAGUAAUAAGAAUAAGCGGACGGCGAAGAAGUCCAGUAGUAAAGGGAAGGCGGGUAAUGGCAAGAAGGGUGCGGCGGCGGCGCCAGGGGUCCUUAAGUUGCGGGAUCAGAAGGCAAAGUACUCGAUCGGGGAUGUGUCGGGGAAGAUGGCGGAGCGGGAGAAUGUCACUCUGUCCGUGGGGUGGAAUGUGCAGCCUUGGGUGGGUGCGUUGUGGUGGAGUCCGGGGUCGGGUAGUGUGCCUAGGACGGAGGGGGGUGUUGGGACGAGUAAGGCGUUUGGGUUGCCUGCGUUGAAGAGUCGGGCAGCUGCUGCUUCGGGUUCUGGUUCGACUGGGGCUGGAGCUGGGGCCAAGGCGUGAGAUGUGGUGUUGUGUUUAGUGGGAAUUGAUUGAUUGCAUUGGAUUUGGGUGUUGCGAUGGAUUGUAGGUUUGUCUUUUUUUCAUUUCCUUUUACUUUUGGGCUGGGUCAUAAGAGGUAAACAUAAACAUAAACACAACAAGUGAGCCUCAACUCCAUUCUCGGUAUCCAUACUAGUC